UUUUUUUUUUAUUAUUCACAAAAACAUUUAUAUUUAAAGGGGGGUGUGGGUGAUUUUUGAGGCUGCUAAUGAAGUUUAAAAAAACAAUGAUCAUCUGCAUUAAAGACAAAGGCAUGGUUGCAGAAGUAGAGGGUACGGGCCUGCCUGCAGAAUAUUCUUUUAAAUCAUAUUUUACAGUCCUUAGCCAUUGUCUCAGUUUAUGGACCUUGUGGACUGAUUGUAUACUUAAACCUUUUGUAAGUAUGCCCAUCAAAAGCCAUAAACACCAUGCUUAAAGCCACUUAAUCCUAUCCAUGUGACAUCUGGCCCAUCCAAUGGUUGUAAGCUGACCUUAGUGGGAAGCGGGAAAGGAAAAGGCGGAGGGAGAAAUUGGUAGCCAUGUGAUCAAUGGGCCAGCUUUUUAAAUCAUUAAUGCACAUGAUUUAUUUAUGGCCUUAUUUGGAUACUUGCACCCCUCAGGGGUGGCCACAUUCAGUCUGUCUGACUGUGGUGUAAUCAGACAUGAGUGGAGUCCGGGCCCCAUCAGGCAUGACCCUGAGCGCUGUGGAGCCCAAGCACCAGCAAGCUGUUCAGAGGACCCGUGCCCUGACCCGAACAUACCUGCUGUCCAGCUCCAUGCUGCCAAUACCACCCUCCAGUAACCAGAGCAUCGGUGAAUCUCUGAAGCUUCCAGCACUGACCAGAACAGCAUAUCGCCGGACCUCCCUGCUACCACUCAGCAUUAGUGAGCCCUCCCUGUUCGCCCCAGUCCAGCGUGUGGUUUUGGACGGGUUUCCUCGAAAUUGCCGCCCUUGUCCUCGUAAACGAGCUCAAUCUCUCUCUCUAUGCAAGUCAAGUGAAAAUAAAAAUGGACCAAUACCGAGCUACCAGCCAAUAUACACCCACUUUACUCAACCAAUAAGACCAGUUUCCAAACUAAAUCAGCAGCCCAUUUUACGGGCUAGGAGGCUCCCUGCUGGCCAGAGUGGCCUACGAUCUUCAGUAAAGCAGUAUUGGCAGGAUCCUCACAAUGAGACUUUAUCCAUCAGAGGGACACCUUGUCUUCCAAGCCCGCCUUCACCCUCUACCUCUGCCACCACGUCUCGCACUCAGCUACAUGUUUUCCUCCCGGUUGAAGGUUCUGGAGGGGAAGAAGACAAAGACAGUGAAUCUGUGGAUGAAGGUUUCAUGGAUGAGGUGGAUAAUAAAGCCUCAAUUCUGAGGCACAAAAAAGGAGAAUCAAAGAAAGAGCCUAUACAAACUGAUUGUGCAACAUCAUUAAAAGCUGAUUUGGUCCAGUUAGUGACCUGAGUGUUUAUUCAUGCCAUGCUAAUUGCUGUUUUACAGUGAAGUGAAUUCAUACACGAAUAUUAUCUUAGCCUGAUAUAUGUCUGAUAAGAAGUGUGAAUUAAAUUUAAAUAUCACUUGUGACUGUAUGGAAUACUGAGUAGCAUUAGACCAGAGCUGUCAAUGUUCCUUCCAGGUAACAGCUGUGCAGAAAUGUAAGUAUUUCCUCUUGUUAAUUAAAUGAUGGGUUAAAUCAUGACCUUUGUUGUGGAAAGUUCCUCACAGCACUCGGUCAUACUGAACAUCCUGACUGUAUCAGAGGACCAGUUUAAUUUUCAGAACUGGUCUGGUCUCUUAUGGGUUAAUAACCCAGUACUUCAUGCUAGAACAAAACUAAAUUUCUGUAUAUAACUGACUGUAGUCGCUGAACACUUGUACCAGAGUAAGUAAUCAAUAAAUAAUACAAACAA